GUUUACACUUCGCGACCCAAUUUCCCAGUCAAUUCGGGUCGCCUUUGGUGAGGUAUGAUAAGACCCUCUCUAUAAAACGGAAAACGAGUCUGUUAACUCAGCAGCAUAGCACAUAGCACUAAGAAAAUGGAGUCACUCUUUUACUUUGUUCUCGGAAUUGCGGCCCUAACAGGGACCUACGGUCAGGGAAACCUGUGUACCGAUGUUCUCCCAGAUUGUUCUGAGUAUACCAAAUCUGCUUGUCAGGCCCCUUAUGAAUCAUGGGGAAGAAAAAAUUGUGCUCGCUUCUGUGGCUUUUGUACCCCCGACUGUGCGGAUGAGUUACCAGAUUGUGCUGAUUAUGACCAGUCUGCCUGUGUGGCCCCCUAUGAUACGUGGGCAAGGAAAAACUGUGCUAAGACAUGUAAAUACUGUGGCGACAGCACCAUCGCUCCCCCUGUAACCUCUACUGCUGCCGCACCAAAGACCGAUUGUCUAUACAGAGGGACAACCUACAAACUUGGAGAUGUUUGGCAAGAUGGCUGCCAAUACAACUGCACGUGCGGUGCUGGGAGAGCAUACCGGUGUUCUACCAUAUGUCCCACAUUCAUCAAUACCACAGCAAAUUGUCACUAUCAAGCCAUUGAUGGAGAGUGCUGUAGAAAACUCGUCUGUUCUGAUAGUCCCAACACACCGGUGCUGAGUGAUACAGGGUGUAUAUACAACAGAAAGAAGUACCUUGAAGGCCAAUCAUGGAGUGAUGGCUGUUCCAUCAACUGUACUUGUGUAAACGGUCGCACAGGACAGUACAAAUGUGAGGACACAUGUGCUCCAAUCACGCCCAAUGAUGGCUGUGUUGUUGUGAAAAGAAACGGAAGCUGUUGUCCUCAGUCAGUUUGUAACCUUCCAAAGGCUGGUGAAACGCAAGCUGCCGGGUGUCGUUUCAAUGGAUUGGUCUACAGUGAAGGGGACGAAUGGAAUGAUGGAUGUAAAAGCACGAUCAAAUGCAAGGACGCCAGCAUCGGCUACUACACCUCACAGCCCAGGUGCUUGGACUUAUUACUUCCUAAAUUGUGUCAUUUGGACCCCGCACCGGCUGGGAAAUGCUGCCAAGUUCCGAACUGUCCACCUAACUAUCCAUACAACUACCCCCCAGGGUACAUCCUCGAGUAAUGGAUACAUACAAAAGAAACAUUCUUACAUUUUUUCUUCUGCAAGUGUUUAAAAAGACGAUAUUUGUUAAAGCAUUAGUUGAAGUGUUAUCAUCUAAAUUAUUACAAGGGCGUUUGUUUUUAUAUCUGAGAGUCGUGUGUGCAUAGUGUUAUGCUGUCAGUUAACAUAUUUGAUCAAUUUUGUGAAUAAACUAUAUGAAAAUCACAA